AUGCAUUCUGCAGAAGAGCAAGGAGUGGAAAUGGCAGAAUUUGAAGCAGAAGAACAAGGAGUGGAAAUGGAAGAAUUGGAAGCAGAAGAGAGUGCUGAAAGUGACUCUAGCCAUGAUACUGUAAAUGAGAUGAGUGACGUUAAGGAAAUUUUAUGUGAUGUUGCUUCCUGGGAGAUACCAGUUCCAGAUCAUUUUCGGGUGGAAAUCAUCAAAAGGGGAAGUGCUUCUUUCCAGAACAAAGAUGGGCCUUUCAGUGUUGCAGCAAGGCAAGAUGCAAAAGCUAAGGGAGAUGUGCGCCAGCUUUCAAAAGAGUGGUUUUACAAGAUGAUGCCAAAUGGCGAGAAAAUUCUGCGGUCAUGGAUGGUUUACUCACUCGUCAGUGAGAAUUUAUACUAUUUUUGCUGUCGACUGUUUGCCGUUAGUGCUACAGAUGCAACAUCCAAAUUUGUGACUGGGUUUCAGAAGUGGUGGAAACUGAGCCAGAAAGUACAUAACCAUGAGACAUCCGAAGAGCACCUACAUUGCCUUGAAAAGUGGAAAACAUUGGCAGCAGGACAUAGGCUGCACAAAACCAUUGACGCUGAAACGAUUGCUUUUAUGGAAAUGGAGAAGAAAAAGUGGAGGGAUGUCUUGCACAGAUUGCUUGAUAUCACAUUGUUUCUUGCCAAGCAGAAUCUGGCAUUCCGUGGCCACAAGGAAGAUGAAUCUUCAUUGAAUAAAGGGAACUUUCUUGAGUUGGUUGAGAUGCUUUCAAAAUAUGAUCCAGUGCUGAAAGAGCACCUAAUGAGAUUAAAGCAGAGCACAUGUAAACUUAAAGUAUCUGUCUCUUAUCUUCCACCAAAAACUCAGAAUGAGUUUAUAAGUGCCCUGGCAAAUCAUGUGAAGGAGAUGCUUGUCAUGGACAUAAAGUCUGCAAAGUACUUUGGGAUCAUGUUCGACAGCACACCUGACAUAUCACAUACUGACCAGAUGUCCGAAGUGAUAAGAUAUGUAAAAAUCAGCAAUAGGAAAGUUGAAGUAAAAGAAGUAUUUCUAGGAUUUUUCCCUUUAAAGGGGAAAAAAGCUGCUGACCUCAGUUCUGACAUUCUUAAAAGUCUGGAAAGUGAUGGACUGGACAUAAUGAUGUGCCGCACUCAAGGUUAUGAUAAUGCUGCCACUAUGGCUGGAAUCCAUGGAGGUGUACAAGCCAUUCUUAAGGGAAAGAACAAGAAAGCUAUUUUUAAUGGAUGUGUGGACCAUUCGCUUAACUUGUGCAGUCAGCACUCUUUUGCUGAAAAUGCAUCGUGUGUGACAUUUUUUGGAACUCUUGAGACAAUGUUUUCUUUCUUUGCUGCUUCCACCCAUCGAUGGGAUGAAGUUAAUCUUGCACAGCAGUACCUGCAGACUAAGGGCUUAACUCUCGACAAGGUGGUGACAAAGCUAGAGGCGCUAAGACUUUUUCUGCACGAGGAGCGCAGUCACCUAGUGGAGCAUGCAAUUGAACAGGCACUUUUAAAAUCAGACGAAUAUGGAAUUGCAAUCAGAUCAAGAGCCAUCAAGGAACUAGCAGCCAUGUUUGAGGGUGUUCAAGUGAAGAGUCUCAUAUCUGCCACUGCAGAAGAGUUAAAGGUGUCCAUUCCAAAAUUGACCACUUUCUAUGAUGAGGUACCCGAGAAUGAGCUUUUAAUAGAAAUACCAAGGCUGAGAAGGCACCUGAAAGCAGCAGAGAUUGUUCUGGAAGAAGUCAAAUAUUAG